GAGAGUCUCAUUUGUUUUUGUCACUCAUCCCAUUAAUGGCAGCAGUAGUGGCAGAGCCACCUCCAGAGGUCUUUUCAUGGCUCAAAACCCUACCCCUGGCACCGGAGUACCACCCAACCGUGGCGGAAUUCCAGGACCCCAUCGCUUACAUUCUUAAGAUCGAGAAGGAAGCCUCCAAAUACGGCAUCUGCAAGAUCGUUCCUCCUCUCCCACCACCGCCUAAGAAAACUUUUAUUGCUAACCUUAACCGUUCCCUUGCUGCCCGAAACCCUAACUCUAACCCUAAAUCCCAACCCACAUUCACCACUCGGCAGCAACAGAUCGGCUUCUGCCCGCGGAAGCCGAGGCCGGUUCAGAGACCGGUAUGGCAGAGUGGGGAAGCUUAUACUCUCCAGCAAUUUGAAGCCAAAGUGAAACAUUUUGAGAAGACCCAUAUGAAAAAAACUGGGAAAAAAGGGCUAUCGGCGCUGGAAAUUGAAACCCUCUUUUGGAAGGCUACUGUCGAUAAACCCUUCUCGGUGGAGUAUGCAAAUGACAUGCCUGGGUCAGCCUUUGUGCCGAUUAAUGGGAAGAAGUGGCGCGAAGCAGGGGAAACAGCUACUAUUGGAGAGUCUGCAUGGAAUAUGAGAGGAGUUUCCAGGGCGAAAGGUUCCUUGUUGAGGUUUAUGAAGGAGGAAAUACCGGGUGUCACUUCCCCAAUGUUGUACAUAGCGAUGAUGUUUAGCUGGUUUGCUUGGCAUGUGGAGGACCACGAUUUGCAUAGUUUGAACUAUUUACAUAUGGGAGCCGGGAAGACGUGGUAUGGCGUUCCCAGGGAUGCUGCGGUUGCAUUUGAGGAGGUCAUCAGAGUGCAUGGCUAUGGGGGAGAAGUUAAUCCUCUUGUGACUUUUGCAAUUCUUGGUGAGAAGACCACAGUGAUGUCACCUGAAGUACUUAUUAAUGCAGGAAUUCCAUGCUGCAGAUUGGUGCAAAAUGCAGGGGAGUUUGUUGUCACUUUCCCUAGAGCCUACCAUUCAGGGUUCAGCCACGGAUUUAAUUGUGGAGAGGCAGCAAAUAUUGCAACUCCUGCAUGGUUGUGGGUUGCAAAAGAAGCUGCGGUCCGUAGGGCUUCAAUCAAUUAUCCUCCCAUGGUGUCUCAUUUUCAGUUGCUUUAUGCUCUGGCUUUAACAUUAUGUUCAAGGGUGCCUAUGGGUGUUGCUACUGGACCACGCAGCUCGAGACUAAAAGAUAAGAAGAGGGGUGAAGGAGAAACAUUGGUCAAAGAGCUUUUUGUUCAGAAUGUGAUUGAAAAUAAUGAACUUCUAUCUGUUCUUCUUGAAAAGGGAUCUUCGUGUGUACUUAUGCAGCAUAAUUCUUCAGACAUCUCUGUGUGUUCAAACUUACGUGUUGGAUCCCAAAUGAGGCCCAGGUUGUCACUUGGUUUAAGCAGUCCCGAAGAAGCAUUGGAAGCAUCUAAAACGUUACCUUCCAAUGAUGUUAGGCUAGAUAGGAGGGCACGGCUGAGGCAUUUAAGUGGUUUUUGUUCAGUGAAAGAAAAACCUGCUUCUUUAUGUGAUCAGAACGGACUUCCCUCAUCAUGUGGAAGUUCCGAUAUGUACACUUCCACUUCAGAAAUGCAGAAAGCUGACAUUGAAAAAAAUACUUCUAAAGGUGAUGGAUUGUUAGAUCAGGGUUUGUUUUCUUGUGUCACAUGUGGGUUAUUGAGCUUUUCAUGUGUAGCUGUUAUUCAACCCAAAGAAGCAGCUGCUCGAUACCUUAUGGCAGCCGAUUGCAGCUUCUUUAAUGAUUGGAUUGUUGGCUCGGGAGGAAUAAGUGAGAGAUGUACUGUUCCUAAAUCAAAUGCAAAUGCAUCCGAGAUGAAUUCAUGUUCAGGACGAAUGGAGAAGAGUAUUCAGGAGGGUUUGAUUGAUGUCCCAGUCCAGUCUGGUGAAUACCAAGUUCAGGUGGUAGAUAGAAGGAUUGAAAUGGUUUCUGAUACUGAAGCCCAUAAAGGCAUUUCCUCUCUCGAUCUAUUGGCUUCUGCUUAUGGUAAUUCAUCAGACUCUGAGGAAGAACAAGUAGAACCUGAAAUGUCUGGAUUCGAUGACGAAGAUAGCUCAAAUUAUCGUCUGUUACAAUGUAAUAAAGAACUGUCUAGAUCUGCACAUGGAAGUUUCCCCUUUAAAAGUAGAUUGCGCGAUAAUUCCGGAUUGCCUGUACUCGAGCCAAACAAUCGUGAUAGCUUAGCUGGUAAUCUUUCACACCGUUCAUUAAGACAAAGUAUUGGGAAUGAAGUUUCUGUCCGAGUAGGUGCCUCUGAUAGUAUGCCUGGGCCCUCAAAUACCAAUUUCAGGAACAGAAUGCAACAACCUUUUCAUUCUUCGCUUUUAAGUGAGCCAGAGAAUUUGUUGUCCAUGGAAUCAAGAAGUUUAGAUGGUAAAUGUGGAGAUCUAAUGGGGAAAUCUGGUAGGUUGGUAACCAGAUCUUCUGAAGUCCAUCUUAGUGAUAUGAAGGUGGAGAGGUCAGAAUGUGGUCCCUCAUUUCACCCUAUACCUUUUAAUUCCUCCUCACUUGUCAUUGCAAAUUGUUCUCCAGUUGCUCAUUUUUCUGAAUCAACAAAGAUUGCUAAUGAUGAGAUACCGUAUGAGAACAAGAACAUGCCAGUCAUACAUGGAUCUGAUGGUGAUUCCUCUAGAAUGCAUAUAUUUUGUCUUGAGCAUGCUGUGGAGGUGGAAAAGCAACUUGAUGCUAUUGGAGGAGUGCAUAUGUUGCUUCUAUUACAUCCAGACUAUCCAAAAGCAGAAUCAGAAGCAAAAUCAUUGACAGAAGAGCUGGGAAUUGAUUAUCAGUGGAAGGAUAUUCCGUUCAGGGAAGCCACCAAAGAGGAUCGACUGAGAAUCCAAGCCGCUCUGGAUGAUGAAGAAGCUAUACCCGGUAACAGGGACUGGGCUGUCAAGCUGGGAGUCAAUCUCUAUUACAGUGCCAACCUCAGCCGCUCUCCUCUCUAUAGCAAGCAGAUGCCCUAUAAUUCAAUUAUAUACAAGGCCUUUGGCCGGAGCUCUUCACAUAAUUCUCCCGUGAAAACUAAGCUUUCGGGGAAGAGGCCUGGGAAGCAGAAGAAAAUAGUUGUAGCAGGCAAAUGGUGUGGGAAAGUAUGGAUGUCAAAUCAGGUUCACCCCUAUUUAGCUCAUAGAGAUAAUGAAGAACAAGAAAAUUCACGAAUUUUCUGUGCAAAAGCAACACCAAUAGAGAGGCUUGAGAGGGAAUCUGACAGGAACCUGGGUGAGCAACCAGAUCUUUGCAGAAGGAAUUCCUCACCAGGAGUUGACGCUGCUGUCUCCAGAAAAUCUGGGCGGAAGAGAACAAAGACAUUUGGGAAAGGGGCAAUCAAAAAACUCAAGUGUCACCCUACAGAAAGUCGCAUUAAGGCUUCAGAUGAUACAGCUGACAAUAGUUCUACCCGCGAGCAGUGUGGGCGGGUUCUCAGAAGUGGACUAUUGAAAUAUGAGAGGUCACGACGUAGUAAUAAUGGUGGGAAGAAGAUUGAACAUUGCAAUUCAUAUACAAAAGAUGAAACCGAAGGUGGACCAAGCACACGUCUCAGAAAAAGACCUUCUAGGCCCUCAGAAAUCAAGGUCAAACCGGUUGGUGAGAAGCAAGCGAAGAAGAGCAAAGUGAAGAAAGCUCUAGCCUGUAAUAAUGAUGUUGCUACAAGAGAUGAGGAAGCAGAAUACCAGUGUGAUAUGGAUGGGUGCACAAUGGGUUUCAGCUCAAAGCAAGAGCUGUCUAUGCACAAGCGCAACAUCUGUUCUGUCAAAGGUUGUGGGAAGAAAUUUUUCUCCCACAAGUACCUGGUGCAGCACAGGCGUGUGCACAUGGAUGACCGCCCACUGAAGUGCCCAUGGAAAGGGUGCAAGAUGACGUUCAAGUGGGCAUGGGCACGGACAGAGCACAUUAGGGUGCACACAGGUGCUAGGCCUUAUGUUUGCCGUGAGGCAGGUUGUGGCCAGACGUUCCGAUUCGUUUCAGAUUUCAGCCGUCACAAGCGAAAGACGGGUCAUUCGGCCAAGAAAGGGAAGGUAUAAUGGAGAAGAGAAUUGAGGAAAUGCUGUAAAAUAAAACUUUUGUUCCAUUGAAAGAAAUUAAGGUCAAGGUUAGGGCUAGGUUUAGGGAUUACCCUGUAAUUUACUUCAAAUGGUUGUUUUGAAUCUGACUUGUGGGUCUUCAUUGGGCCCCUCUCAUUUUACUUGACCAAAUUAAUUGGUUGGAUUUCUAC